UGGUUCUAAUUCUUGCUCAUUUCAGUGAGGUCCAACAGUGAUUUAAACGGGAGUGUUUUUAUCAGCCUUGCUGCCUGAUAGCAUAAUGGGAUGUGUAUGUGAGUGUUGGUGCCUUCUGCCAGUGAUGUGCGUUGGGACGUUGGAGAUGGUUUGAAUUGCAAAGCAGCAUGAGGUGUAAGUGAAUGUAUCUUCGGAAGCAGAUUUGCCAAAAUUGACAGAAAAUGGCAUAUCGAAGAGAUGAAAUGUGGUCUGAAGGGCGAUAUGACUAUGGAAGAGUUCCCAGAGAACGUCUCCCUCCAAGGAUUCAUGGUGAUGGUGAUUACCAUAGAAUAGUAAACAUUGUGCCCAAGAAGCCACCGCUGCUUGAGAGACCUGGGGACGGGAAUUACAGUCGCUAUGACGAUUACGGUCACGCUGAGUACAGGAACUAUGAUGAGGGUCGUAGUUUUGCCCAUGACCGAAGAAGUGGCCCUCCACACCGAGGUGUACGUAAGGAUGAAUCAGGAUACAGAUGGGCAAGGGAUGAUCAUCCUACAAGACCUGAAUACAGGGAUGUCAGAGAUGGCUUCAGAAGAAAAAGCUUCUAUUCUUCUCAUUAUGUGAGAGAUCGAUCCCCUCACAAGAGGGACUCUCCUUUCUUCAGGGAAUCGCCAGGGAGCCGAAGGGAUUCUCCGCACAGCAGAUCUGGCUCUAGUGUCAGCAGCAGGAGCUACUCUCCUGAAAGAAGCAAAGCCUAUCCUUUCCACCAGCAUAGCAGAAGUAUGUCAUCUUUCCAUAAAAGAAAUAUUUCUUCUCAGCAAGGUAAAGAGAGGGCAGUGCAGUCACUGAAAACAUCAAGAGAUGCAUCGCCUUCAGGGUCCACAGCAGUACCUUCAUCAAAGGCCUUGGAGAAGAGCAACAGACUUUCAGAAAAGGAACUCGCAGAAGCUGCAAGCAAGUGGGCAGCUGAAAAGUCAGAGAAGGCAGAGGAAAGCAAUUUACCUGAAAUAACAGAAUAUGAUGCUGGAUCUUCAGCUCCAUUGUACAUUGAGCAAACAGAGGAAACAGAAGCAAAUCUAACAGAUAGUGCUGAAUUAUACGAGGACAGCCAGCUUCUUAGUCGUUCAAAAGCAAUUGCAGCUAAAACAAAGGAGAUUGAACAGGUCUACAGACAAGACUGUGAAACCUUUGGCAUGGUAGUGAAGAUGCUAAUUGAUAAAGAUCCAUCAUUAGAGAAGUCCAUUCAGUUUGCCCUGAGGCAGAAUUUGCAUGAAAUAGGUGAGCGAUGCAUUGAAGAACUCAAACAUUUCAUUGCUCAGUAUGAUGCUGCCAACCAAGAUGUAUCAGAGCCCUUCAAAGAGGGCUCAUACUAAGGACAUAGAUCCUCUGCAUUGUGUCUGGCAUAGUACAUAAAUCUGCUUUUUGCGGGGAAAGAGGAGCUUUUGUUCGAGGUUUGAACCCAAGGCUUGGGCUCCUUUGUAAAAUAGCUCAGGUUCCCUUGUCCACUGUGUUCUCCACAGUUGUAUUCAACCUACCUGUUCUUGUUGACAUGUAUUUGAAAGGAUGUUCUUUUCAAAAAUGCUGUAAAGCAAUGAACUAUUUUUGAAUCCUUACACAGUUACUUUGGAAAAAAUGGUCAGUCUGAUGCCUGUACACUUACCUUUUAAUGCUUGCAAGUGUAACUGGAAACACUGUAUUUUUUAUUAAAAUUACAUGAAGCUGCUCUCAUUCCUCAAGUUAUGCACAAAUGUCUUGUUAUCAUACAUACUGUAGGAAGAGAAAACUUGCAAAAUUGGUCACAAUUAUGUUUUAAAUUAUUUAUUCUGGUUUAAUUUAAAAAUUCAGAUGAAUCUGUAAAAUUACAUUAGGGGUUAUCUCUAGUCUCUGACUGCCAGAGCAAUUAACCACUUGAUAUAAGUGCUGUAUUUUUGUUCUAAUUGCAGGUUUUACAAAUGCCUUUAAAUUUCUGGUGUUUCCAUAUCAUGACUCAUUACUAGUAAGCAGUAUUAUGUAGGAUGGAUUCAAUUUUUUGUUACUGUUUGCUCAGUUUUUGACUACACUGUAUAGAAUGCAGCUGUAGGAAGCCACUGAGCAGGGAAAUGUUGCUUUUCCUACUCUGUCACUCUUCCCACUUACAACUUCUCAAGCAUUUUCAUCCAUCAGUUUUAACAAUAAUGAGGCUGUGUGUAAUCUUUAUUUCCAGUUUCAAGAAGGAGCAGGAAUUGGGGUGUUGAGGAUGGGCAAGGAAAGUGAGCAGGACCAUCUCUCCAGUAAACCCAGGCUGCUUUGGAUUAGGUGUAAUACAGAGUUUAUCCCUAAGUCCUCAAAUUCACUAUCAUUUCAAACUUAGGUGAUUCUGGUUAGUGUCUGGCACCACUUUUGACCAGAUAGAACCACUUGGGAACAGUGGUAAAGGAAAGCCAAGAGGUUGCCACUGAAAAAUAUUUAGGACUUGGAAUCCUGAUGAAUACAUUUAUUGAAGUAAUGGUUUUAUAUAAACAUUUUAGGAAAGGGAUAAUUUGAGUCAUAAUCGUAAAGAGGUAAGUAUAAGCAUGAUUGUUUUGUAUUCAUUUGCAUUUAGAACAUAAGGAACUCUUUAAAAGGACUAAUAACUAAACUCGCUAUUUCCAGAUUUCAUCAGAAUGGUGUGCAGAAACACAAACGAAGUAGCAAUGAUUUUGCAUGUACAAGGUACUGUAUGUAUCACAGCAUCUUACACAUGCAAAUCUCAAUAUGGUAUAUUAAAUGUGUAUUGCAUCAGAUUCCUGAGAUGCCUGGUUAGUUCUCAUGUCAGUAAGGGGAGGUUUAGCAGUUAGCUUUUCUUGUUUUCCAAGAGUUCACAUUGCUCCAAGGAGAUGACCUGCAACUACCCUUGUUAGCACCUGGGAUUGUGUGGGCUGCACAGUGUGUGGGAAUCAGCUCAUGGAUCCUACAGGGUGCUAAUUUGGGCAGGGAGAGAGGGGAAGAGAGGUAUGGUGUUGUGACGUACUAGUGAGAUGUGACCUGCCUCUUCUGGAAGCAGCCUGGUUUACUGAGAUCAGUCAAGGUCUUCCCAGAUGCAGAAGCAUAACUACAACAUUUCACUACUUGCCUACAGGACUGAGAGCCUUUAGGAUGUUACAUUAGAGUUUCUACUUUGGGUUAGAAAUGCUAAUGGAAAAAUAAUAAAACUGUGUGUAACAUACUUUUUAUUAAAAAUCUCCAUUGUACUGUA